AAAUCCAAACUGACAGUCUCUGUCUUCUAAUCGGUGAGUUCAAGCCAUUUAAAUUUGUUGUGACGCAUUUCCUACCCUCUUAUUUUGUGUUUUCUACCUAUCAUCCUCAUCCUUUGCUUCUUCCCAGUCUCCUUUCUUGCAUUCCCUUGAUUAAUAAAAAGCUCUACUUCCUUUGUUGCUUCCUUUUGCUUUAGGUUGUAUUCCCAUAUUUUCAUGAUUAACCUAUCAACGCUGUAGAUAAUGCACACCUAUGGCAUUAGUGCAAUCCUCUCAGAACCCUCCUUGUCCGUCAGCAUCACUGUUUUAAGACGGUUAGAACUAAGUUAGCAGAGCUCCAAUUCAUUUAAUACUGCAGUCGGAGAAGUAGAUUUGUAGUCACUGCUUUGAUAAGGCUAGGGAUAGAGUUCUUUCCUUUAACAUACAGUACCAUCAUCACUAGAUAUAUUCAACUUUUCCCUCAGCUUUGGUGACUUUCAGAUUUGUGCAUAGAGACAGACCUAUCAGAAAAUUAUCUUUCUUCUAAAAAUAACUUCACAGAAUUUGUUGCUUCUCUUCCUUAGUUUUAUCCAAGUUCAGCCUCAUAAAUGGAGUUUUAUUGUAGGAGUUUUCCACUUUUCAACUGAGGACUUGAAAUUUCAUCUUAGACAUUAUUUAUAACAAGAAAAGAGUUGGAAAUAAUCCAGAUAUUCAUAAAGGGAGUAGAGACCUUGAACACUGCUGAUGGAUAUAAAAAUGGACAACUUUACUACACCCUCUGCAGCUCCUCUGGAGAGCGACUGUGACCUCUACGCCCACCACCGCACAGCCAGGAUCCUCAUGCCUCUACAUUACAGCAUCGUCUUCAUAAUUGGGCUCGUGGGAAACCUGUUGGCCUUGACGGUCAUUAUUCAAAACAGGAAAAAAAUCAACUCUACCACUCUAUAUUCAACCAAUUUGGUGAUUUCAGACAUACUGUUCACCACCGCUCUGCCUACACGGAUAGCCUACUAUGCACUGGGUUUUGACUGGAGAAUCGGCGAGGCCUUGUGUAGGAUAACUGCUCUCGUGUUUUACAUCAACACGUACGCAGGCGUGAACUUCAUGACCUGCCUAAGCAUUGACCGGUUCUUUGCCGUGGUGCACCCGCUGCGGUACAACAAGAUGAAAAGAAUUGAACAUGCAAAAUGCAUUUGCAUAUUUGUCUGGAUUCUCGUAUUUGCUCAAACACUCCCACUGCUCAUAAACCCUAUGUCAAAGAAGGAGGCUGAAAGGACUACGUGCAUGGAAUAUCCAAACUUUGAAGAAACCAAACCUCUUCCCUGGAUUCUGCUUGGUGCAUGUUUCAUAGGAUAUGUACUUCCGCUGGUAAUCAUUCUUAUCUGCUAUUCUCAAAUCUGUUGCAAGCUCUUUAAAACUGCCAAACAGAACCCAUUAAGUGAGAAAUCUGGUGUAAACAAAAAGGCUCUCAACACAAUUAUUUUUAUAAUUGUUGUGUUUGUUGUCUGUUUCACACCUUAUCAUAUUGCAAUUAUUCAACACAUGAUUAAGAAGCUUCGUUUUCCUGAUCUCCUGGAAUGUAGCCAAAGAUAUUCAUUCCAGAUAUCUCUGCACUUCACAGUAUGCCUGAUGAACUUCAAUUGCUGCAUGGACCCUUUUAUAUAUUUCUUUGCAUGUAAAGGGUACAAGAGAAAGGUCAUGAAGAUGCUGAAACGUCAAGUCAGUGUAUCAAUUUCCAGUGCCGUGAAGUCAGCCCCUGAAGAAAACUCACGUGAAAUGACGGAAACUCAAAUGAUGAUACAUUCCAAGUCUUUAAAUGGAAAGUAAAAAGGAAUUAAAUCUUGGAUUUAUAGCAAAGUAAACUGUAUGACAAACUUUGCAGGACUUUUCUUAUAAAUCAAAAUGACUGUUUAACUUCUAAUUAGGAUUCUUUUAAAUUCCUUUCAUUGGGCACUAUUUCUCACCUCCAACUUGGAAGUAAAUUGAUAUAUAUGCAUUUUUUUACACUCGAGAACGACAUUAAGCAAAGUUCUAAUUUGUAAAUGAAAUACUACACCAAAAGGGAGCAUAUUUUAAUAACUCACAGUGUAGAAAGAAAAGUUUUGUGUUAAUGAAAAAUUUAAUCAUUAAUAUUUCCUGCCAAUAAUUUGGCAAAAGAAAAAAAAGACUGUUAAAAUUGUAUAUUGCCAGUGUAGAAAUGUUAAUAUUGUAACAUAUUUCUUUUCUUUUUUUUUGAUAACAUAUUUCUUCAGUUCAUGUUUCUUUCAAUCUUAGACUUUAUCUCCUCGAUAAUAAAUUUUUUUGUUUUGUUUUGUUCUGAGUCAUAAAUUUUUGUUUCAAAAAGCUCUUUUGGAAUAAAGAGCUGGAUGCUACAAAA